AUGUCAGAUCAACCUACCUGCCAGACAGGUCCUUGUUCUAGUUGCAGUUGUGUUUUCAUCAAUCGAGUCAACGAUCCAUGUGGUGCAUGCGACGAUCAACAUCAAAGUGAGGCUACUGGUAUUCCAGUGCCAAAAAAGGUUUACUGUCAUCAUUGUGGUGCUGGAUAUCCACGAAUGAAGGAAGAUAUUUGCUACCCUUGUAAACAGAUAUCAAAUUCAACCCCUGCUCCUAGUACUCAUCCUAGUCUACUUCUUUGUCACGAGUUGAAUCAAUCCUUGAACCGAGUCAAUAGCUCUCCUGUCCAUACGAACACCUCUAGUAUAAUGGCUGAGAUUGAUGAACUUGCAUCAGAUUCUUACCAAAGUGCUUCUCACCGCCGAAAACUUGGGACGAACAUCCGCAACUCACUCACUGUUGGAAAGCAAAAAAUAACUAAUUCAAAAUUCAAUGAUACGUUGUCACGAACUCAGCCCCGACUUCCCCUUGGACAAGGAUCUCAUGUAUUAUCUUCCUCCAACCGAAAUUCUUCAAUGAUACCAGCCAAUGUUCAAUCAAAGCCCAAAGUCCAAUUUGUUCCAAUACGAUUUGUCUACCAGUUCAGCAACAAAUCAAUUGAACAUGGGCUUGGUUCUAUUACACAGAGUGUCGACUUCAAGGAUUCUUCAUGGUUUACUAAAUUAGCAGAAGAUGCAUAUAAUUUCUAUAGUGAAAAAGCAUAUGAACGAUUUCCAACCGAAGAUCAAACUGAAGAUGGGUUUCCACCACUUCCACACUUUGAUAUUCGAUGGGUCCAGUUAGUUCAAGUUACAUACAGGUCGGUUGUGGUGUUUUCUUCAGAAGAUCAUCUCCUGCAAGCGUUCAAAGAUCAUAAAAAAGCUAGCAACAUGGCAUGGCUUGGUGUGUUGUUCAAUGCAGACAACUAUCUUGUGAUUCAAGCCAAAGAAAAUGAGCUUGUUUGUGGAAGCAAGAAACGAAAAAUCAGAUACGAAUCAGAGGAUCCUCAGUCUGACACCAAUUAUCAAUACGAAGGGAGUUCCAACAACUUUCGCAAAUCAAAACAAAAUCGUCUUGACUCACCAUCUGACCAGACUGAAGACUAUAGCCUACCCAAUGAUGAUCUAUCUUGUUCCACCCGGCUUACUUUUUGGUUUCCAAAUAAUUCAACAGACCAGGUAAUCACUCGAAGUCAAUCUAAACUCAUGACCAAAAGUGUUGGUAGUGAAACACCAAGCAAAGUUCCUGAUGAUUCACAAGAUUUAGGAUUUGACUGUUACACCCGCUCCCUGAUUAGCUUCCAAGCAAUUAAAGGAAUUAUUGGGGAACCAGUACCACUCGAAAUGAUGGAUCCUGUAGCCAUUCAUCAAGAUGCGCCUCAAUUUGAUCACGGCAUUUUUGGAGUUUCAAAGAUUCUACGAUAUAGACUAAAUUCAUCCGAAGUCAAUGACACCAGCUCAUGUACCACCUACUCUGUCACUGAAGAAGCAAAUUUGGCGUGGAUCGAGGUUACAAUUGAUGCUGCAAGCAAGGCUGUAAAUAAAGAAGAUCUUUCAGAUGACCUAAAUCAUCAAUCAUGGGAGGGACGAAUUAGUGUUGGCCCUCAAACAUUGAGUGGAAUGAUUAUAACACCUUUUUGGGGCUCAGUUUUGACAGACUACAAUAUUUCCAAUCCAAUCUAUAAACAUCGGCUGUUUGGAGAGGGGCAGAGGUUGAUACUCAGCUUUCAAAGGAAAGUCAAUUGCACCCCAGGUGUUACAUCUGAAUUAAGAGAUAUGUGUCUCUCAUUGCGAAUAGCAAAUUCAAUCCGGUUCAUGUCUCAGAUGGCUUUUUCUAUGUUAUUCCAAAGCAUUGACAGUUCCUUUGAUGCCAAGUUUUUUUUCUGUCAAGAAAAAAGGGAAGAGGAGGAAGAACUAUACAUGACACCAGCCAAUUUUGUCCUAAAAAAACCGUAUGAAAAUAUGCAUCAGAUAAUGCAUGCACUCUCCCAUUCAAGCUUGGAUGACUAUGAAGGCAAGGCCGUCAUUGUUGUGUUAAAAGGUGCUGGCCAAAUUGUCACCGAUCUUUCAAUGAUAAAUCUGAAAUGGCCCGUCACAAAAGAUAACCAAGGCAAAGCGGCAAUCAAGGAAUUUCAAUCCAGCCAUUGCCCACCACUGUGUGAUCUGCUUGGCCUCCAUAAACUCAAUCUACCAUAUGAUACAAAUGAAGCUCAUAUUCUCAAAGAUCAAAAUGAUUUAUGA